CAGACGCAAAGAAAGCAAGCUUGCUGGAUUUGAGUUUGUUUUCAGCACAUUGAACCCGUCUUCUUUUCACCGAAAACCACAACGUCUUCUCGUUUUAAUCUAUUUUUCUUUUUUUAUUUAUAUUUUGCGAUGAAACAAGUUCGCGUUAAACUGUGUUUUUUUCUCGACAAUUCUCCAACAUAAAUGGGAGAGUUUCAGGGUGGACUGCAGGAAAGUCGACCGCAAGGGUUGGGGUACCACUGCUGGAUAAUGGUAGCGGCUAACACGUUCACUUUGUUUGACUAAUCCACGCGUUUUGCUGAGGAAUAAAGUUGCCCCGGAAUGGCUGCAGGUCCGUGAAACCGGGUGCGAAUUCCCUCCUCCGAGGGAAUAAAGACGAAUGGAGCACUUUCUCGCGGAUUUAUUGAACGCCAUGAGCUCGCUCCACACCUAGCCGCGGGCACUCGGAGGUGGGCUACAUCCACAAAGACCCCCGAUAAGCCCAAAAGCAAGGGACAUGGAUAAAUUGACCGUGAUAUCAGGAUGUCUGUUCCUCGCCGCAGAAGUCUUCGCCAUCGCCAGCAUCGCGAAUCCUGACUGGAUCAGCACCGGAGAGUCAGCCGGGUCUUUGACUGUCGGUCUGGUCCGACAAUGCCAGACCAUCCAUGGCCGAGAUCGGACUUGCAUCCCUCCGCAUAUGCCCCCAGAGUGGGUCACCACCCUCUUCUUCAUCGUACUUGGCGUCCUUUCGCUGACUGUCACUUGCUUUCUGCUGGUCCUGUCCCACUGGCGCCGGGAGGUCAUUCGAUACGCGCGCUGGAUCGCUUUCACGGGGUUGGUCCUGUUCUGUAUGGCCGCCCUCAUUUUCCCCAUUGGCUUCUACGUCAGUGAAGUUGGAGGACAGCCAUACAAGCUGCCUAACAACACAGGAGUGGGUUCCUCCUAUGUUCUUUUUGUUCUGUCCAUAUUUUUCACCAUUGUCGGCCUGCUGUUCGCCGGAAAGGUUUGCUUACCCGGCUGACAUAUUUUACACACGGGAACUCUUUGCCACUCGGAGGCCGAACAGGCAAACUCUUUUUAUCUUCCCUUUUGGAAGGCUUGGCACCGCAUUCCCAAUUGGCGCGGGAGUUACAUCCGCCCAUCUGUUUGUUCAGAGGGAAUGAGGGCCAUCCUGAAGGAGGAUUUUGUGGGAUUUAAAUAAUGGCAUUAAGCGGAGUCCAACUGUAUUAUACAAUAUUUAUUUUCUUGAUUUAAAAUUAUUUUUUUCCUUUUUUUUUUUUAAAUAAAAAGCUCUAAUAUAUUCCAGUGUACAGUCACCAUUAACGUGUAGAAAUGAAAUUGCCUUAAAAAGCUCUCAACCUUAAAAUAUGUGCAUUCAUUUUUUUGUUCUAGUUGUGGAAUUUAGGUUUGUACGCAGUGAACAUCUGCACUGCAAGUAAUUGACAACCCCUAAAAAGGUUUGAACUGUACUGUAAAAGCAUUUACAUGGCACACAAUGGUUACUGUAUUUGAAACCGAGUCACUUCCUGUGAGUAUAGAUUAAAAGGAAAGACAACACCUUUGUCAUAUCUGUCCUAGCGCAGAGCUCCAGAGUAACAGGGAUCAUGGUGGGCUCUAAAUUAAGAUUUUAGGGGCGCAAGUAGACGUUUCUGGGGCACAAACUGUAAAUCAACAUGCAAAGUUUUCCUGUAAUCAUCACUGUUUAACUGAUAAAUACUUUCAUAGUAAAUGACCAAAACUACAAACUUAUGAAUCUGUUUUAUUCUCUAUCAGUAUUGACAUCAACCAGUAGCCUAUAGUACAGGUAGUCCCCGGGUUGCGACGUACUCGACCUGCGCGAUUUCGACUUUACGACGCAUGAGUCUCGUCCACCAUUUUGUCUCCACUUUUUUUUCGUUGCACAAACUAUGUAAUUGUACUGCACCGUUUCUUAAUUUGUACUUUACUUUCUUAAUAUGACUUGCUCUGUCAUCACUAAACAAGAAGUUGUUCAGCAAUUGUGCUUUUUGAAUCUUUUUACUUUUGAGAAUUUGUAAAGCUGUAACACAGAUGUACACAUCUGUUCAAAGUGACACACAUUUUAACAAUAAAACACUCGACACAAAACGAUUGGUGUUCAAACGUCCAUCUAGUAUGAUUAGCCUAAUUUGCAUCACAAAUGUCCGCUAGCUUAAAUGCUACGAAUGCUAAUGUAUUUACAAUUCUCAUAGCAAAUCGCUCACACGUUUCUCCUCAAACUGUAGCUCUAAACUUAAUUAAAAAGGUAUACACAAACAUGUAUUAGCGGAAGCACCCUUACAGCCUUAUGUGGACCAAACCAGAGCGCAGCAAUCUUUUAUCCACGUGAGACGUCUGAGUGCUCCUGUAUGGAAGCAUUAUUGAAUGACAGUCCAGCCAGACCCAACGCUGCCAUCAGAAGGCAGUGUAUCCUCAACCAUUAAACACAACACAAUACAAUACUUUUGCACAUUUUGGAUAAUUAUUUUGAAAUUUUAAAGGGUUAAUUCAGACUUUAGCGGAAAUCGCCAGCAUAGGAACGGAACUCGUUCGUAACCCGGGGACUACCUCUACUUAUAAAUUAGGUGAACAUGGGAGUUUUGUUCUAUUUCUGCCACCGUCACAUUAACCAAUCAACAACGGAUUUAUUCAUCGACAAAUCACCUGCGAGGACCCUGGCCAACCUGGAAAUUGACAUUCACCUGCCAUACCAUGUCAACAUGGAGGAGCGUAUCAUUUUAGCAGAAUGCAACCAGCGCAUACUUUAUAAUUAGGGCUGGGCAUCACGCAUCGAUGGGAUCCAGGACUAACACUCCGGUUCUCCCGGAACCGUUCGAAUUUUUAAAUUUCGAUUCCAAGUUUCAAUGCCCUGACCGCCGACCGGAAAAUAUAGCUACCGAACACCAUGAAAAAGAAGCCACAUGAAGACGAGCUCCGUUAUGAGCAAAUCAAAUGAAGUGGGUAUUUUAGCUUAGCACAAAAAGAUGUUGCUUCGCUUCACAUGAAUGACAACAGAGUAACUGAAUAAGCACACCGAAAUUAUAUCAGCCACUCUGUUAAAAUGUGCAAAUUUACAGAUUUUGUUUGAUCAAGGGUUCCCAAUGAUGUGUAGUUCAGAGGAGGUGUGUGGCGUAUGUACACCUCAAGGAUUAUUUUUCAACUAAUGUUGUUUUUGCCUGCUGCUUCCAGUAAGUCACCACUAGGGGAAGCCAAGCGCACAUAGCAAAACCAAAGAAAAACUAUAGAGUCCGGAGUUACAAUUGUGACAUCUUUAGGACGGAUGAACAAUAUAUCGGUUUAGAAGGAAAUCAGACUCAAAAAGUAGUCAACUUAAGAUCAGGGGACACAACACUCCCCUCAGCCGUUAACUAACUCGUAGAAAUACCACCUAAAGCAAACGAUGCAAUACAAUAAAUGCCUGCAGCAUAAGACACGCUAAAACAUAGGCAAAAGAAUAUGUGUAAAUGUUUUCUGUGAGAGCUUUUGAAAAAUAAACAUCUUUGUGAAAGUGCACUCCCGUGGAAAGACACUUCAUCAUAUUCAAGUUCAAAGACUGAUAUUAUCCCAUGUUAAAAAUAGCCCUGUGAGAAAUUUCUUGCAAAGUUAAUUGAAAGUUUAUAUAAUUAAAAAAUAAAAAUAAUCGAGAAGUUACAAAAUAAUAUAAACUGCAAAUUUUUUCACCCUGGCUAUUAAAUGAAUCAGAAUCGAGACUUGUUUGGAACCGGAAUCGAAAAGUGGAAUCAGAAUCGUUCAAAUUCAAACGAUGCCCAACCCUAUUUAUGAUACCUUUCGGCAUAAUUUUCAGGACAUAAAUAAAAAAGCAGCAGUAUGGAAAGUUGCUAGUCAUCAUCGUUGAGUUGAAAGCAUUGGCUUUCAACUCAACGAUGACUCGCAUUUUGCGAUCGCUCCUUGCCUCCCGUGUGUUGAGCCCCUGACCCGCUCCACAAAUCGCCCACCUCCACUUUUUUCUGCUGUUGUAUUUUCCCUUGGCAAACUCGCUCAUUACAUUACUGCCAACUAGUGGAUUUAACCGUGAAGGGGAUUGUCAGCAACAACAACAAGAAAACCCAGCAAUGUUACUGGUUGCGGAUGUGCGAGUAGGAAAAAAAAAUACUCGUACUGGCUCUAAUUUUAGUCACAAAAUUCAACAAUUAUUCGCAUCUGGAGCCCUGUAGCGGAAAGAUUCUUGUUUAAUAUUUUCGAAACCCCAAAUUUUUAUUAGGAGUGCUGGCACUAUUUUAGCCAAUCAAAUGCGAGUAUUCUAGAUGGCCAGCCCUUUCUCAUGACAUCAUUCAUUAAUACGCAUGAUGCCAUACUAGGAAGUCUAUCAGUGACUAGGUGUGUGGGUAUAACUUACGUCCCAAAAUGUCUGCGCCUGUAAGCGGUGUCAUUUUUUGUUUAAACAUAUUUCCAUGAUCAGAGGUAUGAGAAAUUUGCAAUUUUCAUACUUUGAGCAACUAUAUUUCACUUGGUCAUCUAUAAUAGGUGUUAUCUUUCCUUUUAAUGUGAAGGGCUAUCUCACGUUUUUAACUAUUUGUCAAUAUUAAAACAAAUUCAAAUGGAAUUAAAACUGCCUCGCUCCAUACAUGUCUUAUCAGCCGAGACAUGAGAAUGUGCAUGCUAUCUACUGGCUAACUUGGAACUUACAGGCAACAAUAAGUCCGCAAUUAAUUAAUCAGCCCUGAGACAAAACAAUUAAAAAUCAGGCUCUGUCGAUUGUUGUGAACACAUCUCUAGAACAUACUUUACCUAACAAAUUCUUGAUCUGUUCACAAAUAACUGAGGAGUAGCCAUUUUGGUUAACGUCCUUACCAGGAAGAAACAAAGGGCGUGAGAUCUGCAGAUCUGCAUUUUUAGACCUCUUGGGGGAGGUCUAAAAAUCCGAAAUUAUCUAUGCAAUGACCCUGGUUAUGUGAAUUGUUUCUUGAGGUCGACCGAUAUAGGAUUUUUGAACGCAAAUACUAUUAUUAAAAAAAAAUUUUCAUCUGAUUGCCGGUAUCCAAAACCGAUUAUGUAAGCCGAUAUUUGAGGUUUAUAUACCUUUUUGUUGUAAAGAACGUAGAUUAUAAAAGGCAGUAAAAAAAAAAAAUUUUCAACAGCUUGAAACUUACAAUGACGACCUGUGACUUAAAGGAUUAAUUAGGUCUAGUGCUACCAAACCAACAAAUGCAGUACUUCUCUUUAUGAUUAUACACACUCAGCAACAUUAUUUUCAAAUACUUAAACCCACCAGGACGUCAUGACGAGAUGUAAGCAAGUGAGUUUUAAUAGGACGCUCGCCAUGCUAAAGCUAAUGAUACGCUAAUGGUACAAGUUACAUUUAGAGUGUAAGAAUCAUUCAGUGAACACCUUAAAAGGCUUGAGCAAUAUUGCAUAUUCUCUCAUGCGAGAUAAAAAAUAUUACAACAUUUACAAAACAGGCAAGCCUGAAGCAGCCUGCCUUAAAGCUGGUGCAGGGUCCUUCCGGGGUCCGACUGUCAGUCAGCGGAGGCCACAGUUGCCCACACGGAUGCCUGAUCAAAAUCCUUUCUUUAUCAGGUUGUUUUUUUGUCAAUCGGCUGAUGUCAUGGAAAAAAAGUCCAUAUAUCUGUCGACCUCUAAUUGUUUCUGCCAAUAAAAUGGAACAAACGAGGAAACAAAUAUUUAACAUUUACAAAUCUGUGUCAAAGUGUUUACACUCUCAAAUUACCACUUCUUCAACAUUCCAAGGAAAUCUCAAUGUCCCUUCACUGCUCAGCUAUCUAACUCAGCUGUAUUUAUUUGAUUGUUAUGUUUCAGCAAUUAAAACAAGGUCUAAAAUGCAGAAAAAUUUGUGAAAUAACUUAUUUUUAACUCAUUGACUGCCAUCUAAUGCCAUCCUGAAACAUGAUCAUUCACUACCAGACCACCCAGUUCAAAUGAUUAUUCUGUUUUCUGUAUCGGUAAUGAGGCAACGCUUCAACAUAUCCUCACACCUACUCCCCCUCCUUUGUCUGCACAGAUCUUUAGGUUGCCAUGGGAACAUCACAUUAUGUGGCAAUAGUAUAUCUUUAUGAAAAGCUCCAGCAGCAUCAAUCUAGUUGUGUGUGUGUGUCAAAGUUCACUUGUAUCUUCACUGUUCAAAGUUCUCUUUUACGUUUCAUGUGAAUGCGACAGAAAAAAACGUUGCUAUUUUAAGGCCCGAAAAUAGUUUCAUGCAAGCGAGCUGAGAAAUGAACUGAGAGCACAUGGAGGCUUUAUCUGCUCCUUUAUUGGCUUCUCUUCUUGAGCACUAACAAAUACACUAAAUCCUUUGUGUAUUUGUGCAGACGGAUAAAAGAAUGUGAGUGACAGACUUUACAUCACUGCGAAAUGUGCGCAACAAAUGUUUGGAACUUAUUGUUGAGAAUGUUAAUCACCAGCGUCACAUACACAGCUGCUUUUCGUUAUGACUUUGUUUGCAAGUAUCGUACUCCUUAAUGCAGUGAAUGAUCGUGUUUCAGUGCUAAGUGUUAAAUGGCCAUACUUUGUAGCCCAAAAGGUUAUCUAUAUGCUCCCACUAAGAAUCAAUAUAUCGUCACUGUUUAAAAAUUAAAAAGGAACCAACAGGUUGUUAAAAAAAUCUUCCAUUAGAAUAGUGUCUACGUUAGCUCGCUGCGAUUGAUGGCGCUAAACAUCCCACUCAUUUUGACUGGAUUGGAUGUUAAGCGCCGUCAAUGGCACUCAAAAACCAGAGCAUUCACAGCUUUUCAUUAUUUUGUGUGCAUUUACAUGUCACUUUGUUAAUUUUCAGAUUACUUCCAUAC